UACACAUGAUGCGUUGAUAGAGAAGGUAGUUGUGUGUUUCAAUCAGUUGGGUAGGCUUCUGACUUAUGUCUGUUGUACAAUUUUAAGGGGGUGUGGGGGAAGAAUGAAAGAGUUCUUCCAAAAACACGGACGAAAUCAUGAACGGUGCGGUGUAUAUUUCGUUUUUCCAAGGCCAGCUCGAAUCUGUUCUGGAGCAAGUAGUUCAACUCGCGGUCCAGGAAAUAAGCAAGACUGUAGGGGCGAGCUUGAAUUCAAUGUUAAUGGAAACGGCUGUCAAAGAACAAGAAAACCAACGACUCAGGUUAAAGCUGCAAAAACGGGAGUUUGAACGUAAAGGCAUCGAAAAUGGGUCUCUGUCCAACGGUGGCAAAGCAGACAACGCGGCCGUGGACAGAACAAAGCCCGACUCACACACCCCCAGCCUAAGAUUGGAGCGCAGCGUGUCCGCAGACACACGAAGACUUGAGCAAAAAGGACGUGUCGUGGGCCAGCUGAAAUCCGUGAUGGAGCAGGUCCUGGACUUUGCCGCGUGCGAGCUGGGUAAGAUCGUGGAGGCCAGUUUCGAGGACCUGCUCCUGGAGAUCACGGUGAAGGAGCGCGAGCAGCAGGAGCUGGAGGAGCGUCUGCGAUGCAGCCGCCCAGAGAACGGAAAGAGCCGGGCCAGACGGCGCUGCUCCGAGCCCGACCCAGCCUCGCCCGACCCAGCCUCGCCCGACCCAGCCUCGCCCGGCCCAGCCUCGCCCGGGAGCCAGGGGGGCGUCACGGGGCCCAAGGUCGCCCGGAAGGAGGACGACGCGACAAAUGACCCGGAGAAGCCUGCCGUGCUCUCGGUGGCACAGGACUGGGUGCCCAUCCUGGACAAGGUGUUUGGGCAGAAGUGGUGCAGCGACUUGUGGCAGAUCAAGGAGCUGGCGUCUCCCGGGAGGGGCUCCGGCUCCAGCGCGCUCCUCCGGGUCGAGGAACUGCAGCCGUCGCCCACGUCCCCCCAGCAGGAGCCCCAGUGGAUGCCUCUGGAGGACAUGGAAGUUCUCUCCACCACCCCUGACCCCCCGCCUGUCUGCGCCCCUCCACGCACCCCCUCAGCGGACGACUCCCCUCUCAGGUCCCCGUCCAUGCUCCACCGCCUGCUCACCCUCCCCGCCCAGCUCCUGGAGGACGACAAGGACACGGACGCCUUGGAGAUCCUGCCGGCGCCGGCCGAGACCUCGCCCUGCGCAGCGCUGCGAGUCCGUGUCGAGUCACCCAGCCAGAGCUGCCUGUCCCCCCCCACCAGAAGAGAAGAGGAGGAGGAGGAAGAGGAGGAGGAGGGGGAAGAGGAGGAGGAAGACGACGACGACAAAGGGACAAAGGUGAGGAAUUCAAAGGGCAGGAAGUCUCUGGGGUGUAAGGAGUGCGGCAGGAAGUUCGGACGACCGCAACUCCUCAAGGCCCACCAGCAGACGCACGCCAUCACCUCGGCGACGCUACGCUGCUCCGAGUGCGGGAAGAAGUUUUCCCAGGCUUCGCGGCUCCAGGCGCACCUGAAAAGCCACACGGGGAAGAAGACCUGAGUGAACCCAGAGGGAGAGACGCUCAGAUGGGGCUCCCAGCUGUCGUCACAGCAGCAUAUCAGUGGAUGUUGUCACCACGCACAAGCUCACAUUAAAGUACUUUUGGAUUUGGGAAUACAAGGCAUCACGUGACCUGUUGUCGAUUCCGAAGGUACUUUGAUACAAGAAAUUCAAAAGGAAACCUUUCCAGACACACAAGGAUAGUUUAACAGCCUGUUAGUAUGUGUAUUAUAUCUCCUUAUUGUUGACUCCAUUUGGAUGCUUCAUCAGUUAUUCGGAUGAAUGUGGUUGGAGUCGUCAAGGUUUAUCACUUGUAGGAAGUGUUUGUUCUGUUGUCACGGGACUCCUGUCACUUGCUACAAGACAUGAAGUGACCUUUUAUGAAGUGCUCUUUCAGUUUUCUCAAACUAGACUUUUGUUGUUUUGGUUUCUUUAUUGUUUUUGUUUGUACACAUUUUGGAAUAUCAAGCAGAUCAUUUUCUGCUGUAAUAUUUCACAUCGUUUUGUACUCCAAAAGCCAGGAUACCUCUUUUGGCCCGUAGCGUACAAAUACAAAAGUGGCGCUGACCAGCGAGAAUCUGACCUUUCAUUGGCAUAGGUGUUGAAUGUGAAUCACAACUCUUUUUUUUCCCUGGCGCUGCAGCAGUGACUUGGACACUUAAAAAGGGCUUUUGUGCCUGGGAAGAGAUACAGACUGCCAUAGCCUGGACAGGGGCUGGUCUUUAGUGUUUUCCUCUGAAUGUGAAACUGGUGGAUUUCUCUACCUUCAUGCAACUCACAAUCUUAGUCUUUACUGACAGUAUUUACCCCUUUCAACACAAAUACCUCAUUUUACACAGAUUCACUCAUGUUCGGUUCAACAAAGGGAUUGUUACAUGGGUAGCCCUUUUGUAAAUGUAACACAAAUCCACAAUAUUACAGUGCAAUGCUCUCCAGAAUCAUGGGACUUCCUCCUUCACGAUGGACUAGAGGCCAAGCUGUGAGCUGAGCACACUGGUCACAGCCUCAACAACCAAAUAACCCGUCUCCUCAAAGGGACCUUCGGGGGCUGAGGAGAAGGAGGAUGAUGAAGGGAAAUGGCCUCACUCAUGUGCUGACUGGUAGAAAGUCCGAAUCAUACUCGGUAUCCUAGUAAGUGGUGCAAUACCACCAUUGUUUAUUCUCUUUGUUUUGUUCUUUGUCCCUUGCCAGCUUGUCUACAGUACAUUUAGGGAACAUCUUAAUGAAUGAAAAGUAUAAAUAUUAGUCUGCUCUUCUUAUGUGAGCAUUUGCCUGAAACAAUAUACUCUGUUGGAGGGUUGAAGGGAGAGGGGAUUCCGGUAAAGGAGUGUGUGUGUGUGUGUGUGUUCGAGGGUGUGUGUGUGUAUUGGGAGGGGUUGGGGUUUGUGUGUGUGU